CGCGUUGUGCUUUUGCCUGUGUCUGUCGUGCUCGAGUUCAGCAUGGAGGAAAUUUAUGCGAAGUUUGUGUCACAGAAAAUCAGCAAGACCCGCUGGCGCCCGGUGCUUUCCGGAAGCCUGCAGACCGCAGACACCUUCGCUACGGGCUCUUGGGACAAUGAGGAAAAUUGUGUUUCGCUGUGGUCUAUUGGGGAUUUUGGAAAUUUGGAUUCUGAUGGAGGGUUUGAAGGAGACCAUCAAUUAUUGUGUGAUAUCAAACACCAUGGUGAUGUCAUGGAUUUACAGUUUUUUGACCAGGAAAGAAUUGUAGCUGCUUCAUCGACAGGAUGUGUUACAGUUUUCCUUCACCAUCCAAAUAACCAGACUCUGUCAGUCAGCCAGCAGUGGACCUCAGCUCACUACCACACGGGUCCCGGCAGUCCUUCCUACAGCAGUGCACCGUGUACAGGUAUUGUGUGUGACAACCCGGAAAUUGUCACAGUUGGAGAGGAUGGUCGAAUAAAUCUCUUCAGAGUUGAUCACAAGGAAGCUAUGAGAACUAUAGAUAAUGCAGAUAGCAGCACCCUUCAUGCUGUAACGUUCCUUCGAACUCCUGAGAUUGUUACAGUAAAUUCAAUUGGACAGUUAAAAAUAUGGGAUUUCAGACAACAAGGGAAUGAGCCAUGUCAGAUAUUAUCACUGACUGGUGACCGUGUGCCACUCCACUGCGUGGACAGACAUCCCAACCAGCAACAUGUUGUAGCUACUGGUGGCCAGGAUGGAAUGUUGAGUAUUUGGGACGUUAGGCAAGGUACAAUGCCUGUGUCUCUGCUGAAGGCUCAUGAAGCUGAAAUGUGGGAAGUUCACUUCCACCCAUCUAACCCAGACCAUCUGUUCACGUGUUCUGAAGAUGGGUCCCUCUGGCACUGGGAUGCCUCCACAGAUGGGCCUGAGAAAUCUUCACUCUUCCACCAAGGAGGACGGAGCAGCACAUUCCUGUCUCACAGCAUAAGUAAUCAGGCUCCUGUUCCCCAUUCCCUUGUAAGCUCUUGGCUCAGCACGGACCCAGCAAAAGACCGCAUUGAAAUCACAAGCCUGCUUCCCAGCAGGACCCUGUCUGUGAACACUUUGGACGUUCUGGGUCCUUGUCUUGUUUGUGGAACUGAUGCGGAAGCAAUUUAUGUCACCAGACAACUGUUUUCAUGAAAGUUCUGCUAUUAAAAGAUCUCAACUAAAACACACAGUUCCCUUUAUGCAUUCCAACUGUUGUGAAAACUUCCAUCAAUCAGAAAAUGUGUUAUUUUGUCAGUGCCACUUUUGACUUUUUGGAUUCUCCCCCAAACACUUGGAAAAUAUGAUAGAUGACUAAUAGCAAAACAUGUUGAAUGUAUUGAAGAACAUCCGAGGGAGCCUUGUGCUGAUAAGCACACUGCCUGCGUGCAGACUUCCCUGAACCACAUCUUCAUUUUAAAAAAACUAUUUCAGCCGGGCAUGGUGGCACACGCAUUUAAUCCCAGCACUCA